UAAUUAUGACGCAAAGAAACAUAGUUAUUUCAAACAAAACCGGCCCUAUAUCGUGUACUUCAUGCAAGAGGUUGUGCUCGUAGUUGGCUGCAGUUGGCUUCCGGUCACCGACUAUGUGCUGAAUAAGAGCCCUUCAAUGUCAGUGCGACGUUACAAGUAGGCACUCGGGUUCCCACCGGGUUUAUAUUAUUGGCUUGAGACUCGGCGCCACCCCCCUCGUGGACCUCCCUCUGUGUUGCUGUGGGGGACGUACGGUCAGUGGGUGGAGGGGACCCCGGGACCCAAGGAAGGUGAAAGACCCCGAGGAAGGAGGUCGCUGGAGUCCGGACAGACACAGCUCCAUGCGGAUUAACGCCCUUCUGGUGGCCGGCCAAAAAUCCUCGACAUGCACCGAGUAACGGGCAGGAGUGCAAGGAGCAAUUUGAUAGAGAUGAGCCCGUCUGACUCUUAUAAUGAUGAUGUAAAUGGCUACUACCAGGACUCGCCCAGCCCAGGAUCACUACAUGGAGAAUCAGAGAUCGAGAAACAACAGCAGAGCAAAGACUUGGUGUUCUUCCGUGAUGGAGUGCGCAGGAUCGAUUUUGUUCUGUCCUACACUGAGGAAGAAACGGAAGGAAGACCGGGAAGAAAGAGGGAGUUAUACGAAGCCAACCUAGUAAAAGUCGGCUUGGAGCUGGAGACGGAGGAUAAAGCUGAAUCGGAAGAUGGCAAGACCUACUUUGUGAAGAUCCACGCUCCGUGGGAAGUGUUGGCCACCUACGCCGAUGUCCUGAGAAUCAAGGUCCCCUUCAAGACCAGUGACAUAGAAAAGAAAAAACCAAUGCCCAUGAGCUGGCUGGCCACUCCUUUUCGUCUUCCGGAACACAUCAUGUACCCCGACCCGGACUACUUCACUGCUACGUUCAACAAGAGCAAAUCUGACUUUUUCCUCAUCGAUGACAGAGACACAUUUUUUACUCCAUCCGCUCGCAACAGGAUAGUAUUCUAUAUCCUCUCCCGAUGUCCAUACACAGAGGAUGAAUGUAUUGAGAAAGACAAGAAGGGGAUCAAGAGGUUGCUUACCAACGGCACCUACACGGGGGCAUUUCCACUGCAUGAUAGCAGAUACUGGACAAGAUAUAAGGAUCCUAGUUGUGAAAGGGACCGAUAUAAUCUCUACCAACACUGGGCCAGAUUCUCAUGUUUCUACAAAGAGCAGCCGCUUAACCUAAUUAGGAAGUACUACGGGGAGAGGAUUGGACUCUAUUUUGCCUGGCUGGGGUUCUACACUGAGAUGUUGGUUUUAGCUGCCAUUGUGGGAACACUGUGUUUCAUUUUUGGAUUGUCCUCAUACAAAGACAACGAGUGGAGUAAGGAAAUCUGUAGCGAAGAAAUUGGAGGAACUAUUGUGAUGUGUCCAUUGUGUGACAAGAAAUGCAGCUACUGGAAACUCAACAUUACUUGCAAUGCUUCAUGGCAAGCUCACCUGUUUGACAAUGUGGGGACGUUGUUUUUUGCCAUUUUCAUGGGGAUUUGGGUGACAUUGUUCCUGGAGCUCUGGAAGAGGCGUCAGGCCCGUCUGGCGUACGAGUGGGAUCUGGUUGACUUUGAGGAGGAGCAGCAGCGACUGCAGAUCCGUCCGGAGUACGAGAACAAGUGCACCAGCCGCAAGAUGAAUCCCAUCACUCAGGAAGUGGAGCCUUACUUACCCGUAACAACAGUCAGGUGUGCACGCAUAUGUCUGUCUGGAGCUACUGUCCUCUUGUGGAUCUCGCUGACCAUUUCCUGCAUCAUUGGAGUGAUCGCGUACCGCCUGGCGGUGUACGCCGCCUUCGCUAGUUUCAUGAAAGACAAUACGCAUUUGAACAAGAUCGGUUCCUCGAUCACCCCGCAGCUGGCCACGGCUGUCACCGGUUCCUGCAUCAACGUCGUUAUCAUCAUGAUCCUUAACGUCAUGUAUGAACGAGUGGCUGUUUGGAUAACCGACCUCGAAAUUCCAAAGACUCAUGUGGAAUAUGAGAACAAACUGACAAUAAAGAUGUUCCUGUUCCAGUUUGUCAACUACUACUCCUCCUGCUUCUACGUGGCUUUCUUUAAGGGCAAGUUUGUUGGCUAUCCUGGAGGUUAUUCUUACAUGUUUGGACAGAGGAGCAAACUCAGGAAUGAAGAGUGCGACCCCGGCGGCUGUUUGAUUGAGUUGAGCACCCAGCUGGUAAUAGUGAUGACUGGUAAGCAGAUUUGGGGGAACAUCCAGGAGUCCCUGGUCCCGUGGUUGAAAAACUGGUGGCGCAGCAAGAGAGCACGAGCGCACCCAGAUAGUCUGUACACCCGCUGGGAGCAAGACCACAACCUGCUGAUAUUUGGGCACCUGGAGCUCUUCUAUGAAUACCUGGAAAUGGUGAUCCAGUUUGGUUUCAUCACUCUGUUUGUGGCUUCCUUCCCUCUGGCUCCCCUGCUGGCUCUCAUCAACAACAUCAUUGAGGUCCGAGUGGACGCCUGGAAGCUCACCACGCAGUUCAGGCGCCCUGUGGCAUCCAAAGCUCACAGUAUCGGAGCCUGGGAGGAAAUCCUCAGUGGGAUCGCCAUCCUCUCUGUUGUUACCAAUUCAUUCAUUGUGGCCUUCACCUCUGAUAUGAUCCCCCGACUCGUCUAUAUGUACGCUUACCAGCCGGAUGGUGUGGUUACGAUGAAAGGCUACAUCAACAACAGCUUGUCUGUUUUCAAAAUCUCUGAGAUCCCACUGCAGAACAGACCAGAAGAUGGGGAGAUGCCCUCCUGGUUCAGUAGCUCCAUCACAACCUGCAGGUACCAUGACUACCGGUACCCUCCUGGCCAUGAGCAUCAGUACACCCACACAUUGCAGUACUGGCAUAUAUUGGCUGCCAAGCUGGUCUUCAUUAUCGUCAUGGAGCACGUCGUCUUUCUGGUCAAGUUCUUAUUGGCCUGGAUGAUUCCAGACGUUCCGGUCGACGUGACGGAACGGAUAAAGAGAGAGCGGUAUCUAGUCCAGGAGUACCUCUACAACUACGAAGUGGAGAGGCUAAAACGGCAACUCAGUGGAAACCGGAACGAUUGUACCUGUGAGGACGCGGUCUGCCCGUCUUUGCCCACACACGAGGUGUUAUCGGAGAAUCUCUAGCGCUGAGAAACGCUACUUCUCGGACCUGCCUGCUCGUUCACGUUGAUUCGGCUCCCUUUUUAGCUGUGCAGUGUACCCCUGCUUUUCAAAAUCUGCGCGUAAUUCACGCCCCUCCAAAAAUGUAAAAUUUCCCCAAAUUAACAUUUUCAACAGUUAAAUCACAAUCUCUGAUCACAAAACAAUUUAAUAUCAUUAACAACUUGAAGUUGCAACAUUACCUUUGAUUUGUAAGACUUGCGCGGCAAAGAUUCUCUUAACUUCCGCUAAGUCGCUCAUCCUCAACAUGCAAACUUAGAUCUUAGAUCUCGGUCGAGGGGACUCACUUUGACAUACUUCCUUCACCCCAAUUAUCACUUCGUAUUAGCCUUAGUUGAUCCCCAACAUACAAAGAUGUUCAUCUCCCAAUUGAGAUCUCCGACAUCCAAUUAUUACGUUCCAGACGGCCAGAACUUUGGCACCAUCUUUUGGCAUUUUGUGGUGUUACAGAAUUAGCAUAAGAAAACACAUCCGUGAGCUUUAGUGAUUAAAAAAAAUGCAAAUAAUGAUCUGUGAUUGAGGGGAUUUACUGUAUUUAUGUGUCAUUAUUGAUGACACACGCACUUGUACACACAACAACGCCUUUAUGAAGGAGCUCGAGGUGUCAUGAGUCCUCAGCUGUUCUGCUUUCAAGCAUGCUGAAAACCUAGAAGACUUGAAUAUAACUGACUCGUAUUUAUGACCUUUAUUCUAUGCUGUAUCUGUAACGCUGACAAUGAUGAGAUUUUGCCGUAAGAAAAAGGAAAACAAGCCACACCUUUCAGGAUUAUUUAUUUUACUAGCCAGCAUAACUUGCUUAAGAAUAGACUCCUUAAUAUUUAUCACACUUGUCCUUACUUUGCUAUUUAGUGGUCUGUCAUGCGUCGUUCUAUGAACAGCUGUUUUAUAGGCCAAAAAUGGAUGACUUAUUGAUUCAUAUCUAGUUUUUACUCUUUCUGUAGUUCCUGAGCUUUGUUUAUUAAAGACAGAGACACGGGGAAUCCCACAAAUUUAGCCUGUGAAAUGGCAAAACGUGUAAUAAAUAAGGAUGUCCCAUCAGUUUACAUAAAAGCUUUUUUAUUUUAAAGAAAACAAUUUUUAUUUAGACAUGCUCUCCAUGAUGACCAUUGUUUUAAAAACAUGUUUCAGUGCAUGGUCUGAACGUGUUGGUACAGCUGCAAAGAUAUUACUUGAAAAUACAGCUCUGCCUUGAGAUAAGAGUUGAAUUGGUUCAGUGACCAUGCUUGUAACCGAAAAUGAACAGAAAUGCUCUUACUGGUGUGAGCGACAGUGGGUACAGAAAGUAUUCAGACCCUCUUCCAAUUUUUCACUUUUUGUUCUAUGGCAGCCAUUUGCUCAAAUAACUUCAUUCUUUCCUCAAUGAUGUACACACAGCACCCAUAUUGAUCUCUGAGCUCAUGAUUCUUUUUUAUUUAAAUGUAAAGGCAAAAGUUCUUAAUACCUCUGGCUGUAUGAUAUUUCAGUUGUGUGUAGAUUAAUGUGUGAAAAAAAGAACGAUGGCCGCAAUGUAACAAAGAGUGAACAUUUUAAGGGGGAGUCUAAAUACUUUCCGUAGUCACUGUAAAGACUCCACGGAGACAGUUAUUCAAGAACUUUGUCACACACAAAUAUCUACAUGACACAACACUAAAUAUAAAAUUUGUUGCUCUUUCUUCAAAAGCUUGUUUUACAAUAGCUGAAAAUAAAAUGGAAACUACAUGUAUGGAAACUUAAAAAGUUUAUGGGACAUCCUGUCGAAGACAAACUACAAAACUACACUUUGCUUUUGUAUUAGUUAGGAGAUCCUCAACAUUUCUUGAAACCAAAACCUGACACGUGACUUGCUGACUUGAGAUGUAGUUGCAAAAAUCUGCCGCUGUUGACACUGACGGGCCCUCAAGGCUUAACAGCUGCUAUGUGUUAGGAAGUGAAAGCCUUGACUGAGUGAAGCGAUUUCAUUUGAAAGAUUUUAAUGGGCCCGCUCGUGAUUGCCCGAGCUAAUGAAAACCGGCCACUGGCCUUCUACUUAACUGUUUGCUCCGUUACACAAAAGCGCCAUCGCCCCGCUGUCGUACACAAAGUAAAAGCUUUUUGAUUUGUAAUUGCACAACGCACUUGAUGAAAAUGAUGCCAAGUUGUAAGCGGGCCAGUCUUGCGGUUGUCGUGACGAGACCGCAUGCAAAGCCUCGGGUGUUAUGAUAGCAAUUAGUAUGCAGAGUACACUAUUUAAUAUUUGAAGGUUGUCUACAGGGGGGAAAGUCUUUUAAUGAAGUAUUUAAAUUGCUUAAAAUAGCUGACUGCUACUCUUAUCAUUUGAUUUUAUCUUGAUUUCUGUUAUUUCCUGGCGUAUUCAUAUUUUGUGCCUUUUUGUCUAUUGUCACCUUUUAUACUAAGUGAAUCUGUUUAAUGUACGUGUGCGGUCCGGUCAUUCAAUUGUGUAUUUUCAAACAUUUGGUGUAUUGAAAUCUCCAGAAUAAAGUCCAUUUCAUCCUG